AAAAUACAACACACAGGCUGCUCGAUCACCAGCUUACAAUCACCCAGCGCGGAUUGUUUUUCUUGAGGACGGCCCCCUGCGUCCUGACGACGGGGCGGAACUGGUGAUCGCAGCGGGGCUCGGUGCAAGUUGAAACGGACUAGUUUUCUCAGCGGAGGCAGCGGAGUUUUUUUGAUUCAGGACUGUCGUGGGGGGGCACUGAAUGGGAGCAGUCACUGGAUUCGUGCGGUAUCAACGCAAGCUGCCCAGACUUCCCGCUGCUGCCCAUCACAUUUGACUUUUUCCUUUGGGGGGGACGUUUAGACCGCCACGGUUCCUCCGGUUGUCCCCUUCCCCCCUUUCCUUCCUUCAUUCCUUCCUUCCUCGCGGAUUCUGCAGACACACGAAUCGUCCAGAAAUGGCUCAGAUUCUGCCGAUACGGUUUCAGGAACAUCUGCAGUUGCAGAACCUGGGCGUGAACCCCGCCAACAUUGGGUUCAGCUAUCUGACCAUGGAGUCGGACAAGUUCAUCUGUAUCAGGGAGAAGGUCGGCGAUCAGAACCAGGUGGUGAUCGUGGACAUGUCGGACCCCACCAACCCGAUCAGGAGGCCAAUCUCUGCUGACAGUGCCAUCAUGAACCCCGCCAGCAAGGUCAUCGCCCUGAAAGACGCUGCCAAGACGCUGCAGAUCUUCAACAUCGAGAUGAAGAGCAAGAUGAAGGCUCACACCAUGACGGAGGAAGUCAUGUUCUGGAAGUGGAUAUCAGUGAACACUGUUGCCUUGGUGACGGAUACGGCCGUCUACCACUGGAGCAUGGAGGGGGAUUCCCAACCAGCCAAAGUAUUCGAUCGGCACGCCAGUCUGGCAGGAUGUCAGAUCAUCAACUACAGAACUGACGAACAACAGAAGUGGCUACUGCUGAUAGGGAUCUCUGCACAGCAAAACCGCGUAGUUGGAGCAAUGCAACUGUAUUCCGUUGACAGGAAAGUGUCCCAGCCCAUCGAAGGCCACGCUGCUGCCUUCGGGGAUUUCAAAGUGGAGGGAAAUGCCAAAGCCUCCACCCUCUUCUGUUUCGCUGUGCGCUCACAGGCUGGGGGAAAGUUGCACAUCAUUGAAGUCGGUCAACCAGCUGCAGGAAACCAGCCAUUUGCCAAGAAAGCAGUGGAUGUGUUCUUCCCUCCAGAGGCCCAGACAGACUUUCCUGUAGCUAUGCAGAUCGGUAGUAAGCAUGGGGUAAUAUAUUUGAUCACCAAGUAUGGUUACAUCCACCUGUACGACUUGGAGUCCGGAGUGUGCAUCUACAUGAACAGAAUCAGUGCGGAGACCAUCUUUGUGACUGCCCCUUACGAAGCCACCUCGGGAAUUAUUGGGGUCAACAAGAAGGGACAGGUCUUGUCUGUGUGUGUUGAAGAGGAAAAUAUUGUCAACUAUGCCACAAACGUCCUUCAGAACCCUGAUCUAGCGCUGAGGAUGGCUGUGAGGUCAAACCUUGCUGGGGCCGAGGAGCUUUUUGCCAGGAAGUUCAACACUCUGUUUGCCCAGGGAAGUUAUUCAGAGGCUGCAAAGGUUGCUGCAUCAGCACCGAAGGGAAUCCUGCGGACAGCAGAGACCAUCCGUAAGUUUCAGACCGUCCCAGCCCAGCCGGGUCAGGCCUCUCCACUGCUGCAGUACUUUGGUAUUCUACUGGACCAGGGCCAGCUAAACAAGUUUGAGUCUCUUGAGCUGUGCAGGCCCGUCCUGCAGCAGGGCCGCAAGCAACUGCUGGAGAAAUGGCUAAAGGAGGACAAGCUGGAGUGCUCAGAGGAGCUGGGGGACCUCGUGAAGGCCUCUGACCCCACACUAGCUCUUAGUGUGUACCUCCGAGCUAACGUCCCCAACAAGGUCAUCCAGUGCUUUGCAGAGACCGGCCAGUUCCAGAAGAUAGUGCUGUAUGCUAAAAAGGUGGGCUACACCCCCGACUGGGUGUUUUUACUGAGAAAUGUGAUGCGUGUCAAUCCAGACCAGGGACUGCAGUUUGCCCAGAUGCUGGUCCAGGAUGAGGAGCCGCUGGCCAACAUCAACCAGAUCGUAGAUGUUUUCAUGGAGGGUAGUCUGAUCCAGCAGUGCACCUCCUUCCUGUUGGAUGCCUUAAAGAACAACCGCCCAGCUGAAGGACACUUACAAACACGUCUGCUUGAGAUGAACCUCAUACAUGCCCCCCAGGUGGCAGAUGCGAUCCUGGGGAACCAGAUGUUCACACACUAUGACCGUUCCCAUGUUGCUCAGUUGUGUGAGAAGGCAGGUCUGCUGCAGAGAGCUCUUGAACACUACACCGACCAGUAUGAUAUCAAACGAGCCGUGGUGCACACACAUCUGCUCAACCCUGAGUGGUUAGUGAACUUCUUCGGCUCUUUGUCAGUCGAAGACUCGUUGGAGUGUUUAAGGGCCAUGCUGUCGGCUAACAUCCGACAGAACCUGCAGCUGUGUGUCCAGGUAGCGUCUAAGUAUCACGAGCAGCUGGGAACUCAAGCACUAGUGGAACUCUUUGAAUCCUUCAAGAGCUAUGAGGGAUUGUUCUACUUCCUCGGCUCGAUUGUGAAUUUCAGCCAGGAGCCUGAUGUCCACUUUAAGUACAUCCAGGCAGCCUGUAAGACAGGCCAGAUCAAAGAAGUGGAGAGAAUAUGUAGAGAGAGCAACUGUUACGACCCAGAGAGGGUUAAAAACUUCCUCAAGGAGGCCAAACUAACAGACCAGCUUCCUCUCAUCAUUGUGUGUGAUCGCUUUGACUUCGUCCAUGAUCUGGUGCUCUACCUCUACCGCAACAAUCUACAGAAAUACAUUGAAAUCUACGUACAGAAGGUGAACCCCAGCCGUCUACCUGUGGUGAUAGGCGGGCUGCUGGAUGUAGACUGUGCUGAGGAUGUCAUUAAGAACCUGAUCAUGGUGGUCAAAGGGCAGUUCUCCACUGAUGAGCUGGUAGAGGAGGUAGAGAAAAGAAACAGGUUAAAGCUUCUAUUGCCAUGGCUGGAGUCCCGUAUCCAUGACGGUUGCGAGGAGCCGGCCACUCACAAUGCCCUGGCUAAGAUCUACAUUGACAGCAACAACACGCCGGAGCGCUUCCUGAAGGAGAACACGUUCUACGACAGCGCUGUUGUCGGGAAAUACUGUGAGAAGAGAGACCCUCACCUGGCCUGUGUGGCGUACGAGAGAGGACAGUGUGACCUGGAGCUCAUCAAAGUGUGCAAUGAUAACUCAUUAUUUAAGAGUGAGGCUCGAUAUCUGGUGCGACGAAAAGAUCAAGAGCUUUGGGCGAACGUGUUGGAAGAAAACAACCCCUUCAGAAGACAACUCAUUGACCAGGUGGUGCAGACGGCGCUGUCAGAGACCCAGGACCCAGAGGAGGUGUCCGUCACAGUCAAGGCCUUCAUGACCGCAGACCUGCCCAACGAGCUGAUCGAACUGCUGGAGAAGAUUGUACUCGACAACUCGGUCUUCAGUGAGCACAGAAACCUCCAGAACCUGCUGAUUUUGACGGCCAUCAAGGCGGACCGCACUCGUGUGAUGGAGUACAUCAACAGGCUAGACAACUAUGACGCUCCGGAUAUCGCUAAUAUCGCCAUCAGCAAUGAGCUCUUUGAGGAAGCAUUUGCCAUCUUCAAGAAGUUUGAUGUCAACACUUCAGCCAUACAGGUGUUGAUAGAGCACAUAGGGAACUUAGAUCGUGCCUACGAGUUCGCUGAGCGCUGCAACGAGCCUGCGGUGUGGAGCCAGUUAGCCAGAGCUCAGCUGCAGAGAGACCUGGUCAAGGAGGCUAUUGACUCGUACAUUAAAGCUGUUGACCCGUCAGCAUACAUGGAGGUGGUCAACGCAGCCAGCAAGAACAAUAACUGGGAAGACUUGGUCAAAUUCCUUCAGAUGGCCCGAAAGAAAGCGAGAGAGUCGUAUGUUGAGACGGAGCUGAUCUUCGCUUUAGCGAAGACGAACCGCCUGGCUGAGCUGGAAGAGUUUGUCAGUGGGCCCAACAAUGCUCAUAUACAGCAGGUGGGCGAUAGAUGUUAUGAGGAGGGUAUGUACGAAGCAGCCAAGCUCUUGUACAACAACGUGUCCAACUUUGCUCGCCUUGCGUCGACACUCGUCCAUCUCGGCGAGUACCAGGCAGCUGUGGACAGCGCCAGGAAAGCCAACAGCACACGGACAUGGAAGGAGGUGUGUUUUGCAUGCGUGGAUGGCGAGGAGUUUCGGCUGGCACAGAUCUGCGGCCUUCACAUAGUGAUCCACGCCGACGAGCUGGAGGAUCUGAUCAGCUACUAUCAGGACCGUGGCUACUUUGAGGAACUCAUCGCUCUGCUGGAGGCCGCGUUGGGUCUGGAGCGGGCUCACAUGGGCAUGUUCACCGAGCUCGCCAUCCUCUACUCCAAGUUCAAACCUCAGAAGAUGAGGGAGCACCUGGAGCUGUUCUGGUCCAGAGUCAACAUCCCAAAGGUUCUCCGUGCGGCGGAGCAGUCUCACUUAUGGGCAGAGCUGGUGUUCCUGUAUGAUAAAUAUGAGGAGUUCGACAACGCUGCCAUCACAAUGAUGUCUCAUCCAACAGAUGCAUGGAAAGAAGGGCUGUUCAAAGACAUCAUUGCUAAGGUUGCCAAUGUGGAGUUGUACUAUAAAUCUCUUUCUUUCUACCUGGAAUUCAAACCCCUAUUUCUGAAUGACCUGCUGACUAUAUUGUCUCCACGGCUGGACCACAACCGAGCUGUCACCUUCUUCAGCAAGAUGAACCAGCUGAACUUGGUGAAGCCUUACCUGAGAUCUGUCCAGAGUCACAACAACAAGUCCGUCAACGAAGCUCUCAACAACCUGCUGACAGAGGAGGAAGACUUCCAGGGCCUGAGAGCAUCAAUCGAUGCCUAUGACAACUUUGAUACCAUCGGCCUGGCUCAGAGGUUAGAGAAACACGAACUUGUUGAGUUUAGACGUAUCGCAGCCUACCUGUACAAGGGCAACAACCGCUGGAGACAGAGCGUAGAGCUCUGCAAGAAGGACAAACUCUACAAGGAUGCCAUGCUGUACGCUGCAGAGUCUAAAGAUGCUGAGCUGGCAGAGACGCUGCUCCAGUGGUUCCUGGAGGAGGGCAGGAAGGAGUGCUUCGCCGCCUGCCUCUUCGCCUCCUACGACCUGCUCCACCCCGAUGUGGUGCUGGAGCUGGCCUGGAGGCACAACAUCGUGGAUUUUGCCAUGCCAUACUUCAUCCAAGUCAUGAGGGAGUACCUGGCAAAGGUUGAUGAGUUUGCAGCGAAGGUGACGGUGGACAAACUGGAGGAGGCGGAGAGCCAAAGGAAAACCGAGGAGGAGGUGACAGAGCCUCAGCCGAUUGUGUUUGGCCAGCAGCUGAUGUUGACUGGCUCUCCCGCUCCUGUGACGCCCCAGCCAGGGUACCCAGGCUAUGGCUACCCUGCCAACGCAGCGGGCUACCCUGUGCAGGCCGCUGCUGCUGCUGCCGCUGCCGCUGCCCCUGGGUAUCCUGCUCAGCCCGCUUAUGGCUUCGGCAUGUAGAGGCCUGACCCUGCCUCUUCCACCCCUCUCUCUACUACACACUCACACACCUUAGACCUGAACCACACUGAACCGUGCUGCUCUGGGUGUCUACUGGCUGAACGGCGCGGAGGACCCCCCCCCCCCCCCCCCCACAACCUAAACUGGGCGUUCAUUUUCCCAACGAGACUCCUACCAAGUUUACUGAAACUGCAAUAGAAACCACCUACACUUCAGAAGGUCUGCAACAAGGCUCAUGGACCCCCCCCCACCUCCUUCUCACUAGGACGUUAUAACUGCAUCACUGAUCUACACAGCAUGACCGUCACGUUUCAGCUCCUAGAGGAAUUAACAUACUGAAAAUAACAAUGUGACACCAAACCACUCUCUCCAUGUAGACGUAACUAACCAUAAAGCAGCUUUUUCCUUUGUUUUUAUUUUAUAUUUUUCCUGAUAGAUCCAGCACUGAUGAGGAAGAGACUUUGUUUUGGAGGAGUGGAGGGGCGUGUGUGUGUCUCUCUCCCUCCCUCCUAAAGCACUGCUAGGGCCUUAUAUACGUUGAGAAGGUGGCAAAAAAAAAAAACAGGCAAAUGUUUUCAUGUUUAAUUUCACAACUGUCUCAUGCUCUGAUUAGAAAGACAGUUACUGUGCAAUAGUUCUUGUUUGUCCUUUCAAAACAGGUACAAAGUGUUUGCUGUAUACGGACUAAGAACACUUGUUUAUGGGGUUACGGUACUGUCUGUGUGCGUGUGCGUGUGCGUGUGCGUGUGUGUGUGUGUGGAGCCUCUGGAGCCUUUGAGGGAUACAUCAACAAACCUAGAGGUACUCAAUGAAAUGUCCACUCCCCCGCAGCAGCAAACGAUUCCCUGUGUCAUUGAUCUGCGAUCUUGACCUUUUUUUGGACACCUGGAUUUUCAGGAUGAUUGAGACAGGAGGAAAGGAAGCAGGUGAAAUAAGAAGAAAAAAUAUGCUAUAUACUGUAGUCUGUGCAUGUGCUGCCAAACUAUAAUGCUGCAACCAGGAGCACAAUUUUCAUGUUACACUCAAGUAUAUCCAUCAUUACUAAUGUUGUGUCAAAAACAGAGUGAUGUUUGAUGAAAGUUUCUCAGCUGACUAACUAACAAGAAAACAAACCGACCGACUUGAGAUGAGAACACGGGAACAUUAGCUCACAUCCCGGUGCCAGUUGUUUCAAAUGAAUAAUCAUUAUUGUACUGAAAACCGUGUAUAAUUUAAGAUAUACCUACCUAAUCAAAGAAGUCAAAUAUUAUGGAAUACCAUACGUAUUGUCUAUAGUGUGUUGUUGUAGUCUUAAAAAAAAAAGAAAGCAUAAUGAUUUUUGUAAGAAAAGUGCAAAAUGCAAAAACAAGCAGGUUAAUAAAUGGCAAACCUUGGAGGUAAGGGUGCUCAAA